CUGAGCUCAAGGCAGGCAGCCGGGGUGGCUACUCUGUGAUUCUCACCACUGCCAUUUUCUAACCUCAGAAAUUAUUUCCUUAGCCUUUCAGGAGAUUGCAGUAUUUCUGCAGUUCAGUUUCUGAGAGCUUUACUGAUUUGUCUUCCUACUCAAGCCAAGCAAACACUGAUUGCUACAUUUCUGAAGAAGAUCUCGCGAUCUGGACUCCUGGGGAGAAUCUUCGGUGAGGCUCAGCCAUACCUGGAGAGAUGGGGAGUGAGUACAAGAGAAUUAUUCUGCUGAAAGGACUGGAGCUCAUCAACGACUACCAGUUUAGCAUAGUUAAGUCCCUACUGGCCCAUGAUUUGGGACUGACUACCAACAUGCAAGAAGAAUAUAACAAGGUCAAGAUUGCUGACCUGAUGGAAAAGAAGUUCCCAGGGGCUGCCUGUGUGGACAAGCUAAUAGACCUAUUCAAGGACAUGCCACCACUUAAUGACAUUGUUAAGCAACUUAGAAAUGAGAAGAUGAAAGUUGCAAAGAAAAUGAAGACAACAGAAGAAACUCCAAAGAAGAAGGCGCAGCAGGCAAGGGUGGGCCCCUCGGCAUGUGCCCCCACGACAAGUAGCGCUCUGCUGUGCGAGAGAGCGGAGGGGACCACUGCGUCUCAGAAAAGAAAAACCGCCGCCAAAGGAACGGCUGCGACAAAAAAGAACAAGGGGAUCCAGCCGCAGACCCAGGCGGUCUGCCGUCCCGGAGCCGGCACGUCCGCAGCGGUCGGCUUCCUUCCGCGGCCCCAGACCGCGUCGUCGGCUCCGCCCUUCUGCGCCUUCCCCGAGAUGAUGAAGGGCCAACAUCAAGCUGGUCCUAGAGGACGUGUGCUUCAGCAGGGCCCCCUGACUGUCCUGGUACUGAAAGCAACGGAGCCAUUUGAAUACGAGUCCCCAGAAGAGGGGAGAAGCAGAAUGUUUCAUGCUACAGUGGCCACUCCCAGUCAGUUUUUCCAUGUGAAGGUUUUAAACAGCAACCUGAAAGAGAAAUUCACAAAAGAGAAUAUCAUUACCAUAUUAGAUUACUAUGAAUGCAAAGGAAUCCUCGAGAUAAACAAAGCCUCAUCUGUGUACGAAGCCGAUCCUUUCCAAUUGAUUGUGGUCCCAAACAGCAUCAUCAAAAGAGCAAAUGAAACUCCCAAGAUUGAUAAUCUUUACAAGCAAGCAUCAGGAACAUUUGUGUAUGGAUUAUUUCUGUUACAUGAGAAAAAAGUGAAUAGGAAGACGACAGUGUAUGAAAUACAGGAUAACACAGGAACGAUGGAGGUCGUGGGGACCGAGAGAUGGCAUAACAUCAGGUGUGAGAAAGGAGAUAAACUUCGACUCUUCUGUUUUCAACUGAAAACAAUUGACCAGAAGCUGAAACUGACAUGUGGAACUCACAGCUUCAUCCAGAAAAAGAAAAUCAAAACCAUACAAAAUGAUGAAUCCAAGAGGACCCAGCCAACCCAAGAACAGAGUCAGCUUCCAGGACCUUCUGUAAUCAGAACACAGUCAACGUGCAGCAACCCUCAGACUCCUCAGAUGCCUCCACCAACCCCAGGCAGCAGUUCCUCAACCAAGUAGAAACCAAGAUUGAAGGCUGUACCUAGAGAAGCUUCCAUAGAAGAGGGUUUCCAGAAGGGCCCCAAGGAAGUGAUGGUGCUGAAAGCAACAGAACCAUUUGCAUAUGAUCUCAUGGAAGCAGAGAGAAAGAUGUUCCAUGCCACUGUGGCUACUGAGAGCCAAUUCUUCCAAGUGAAGGUUUUUCAUGUCAGCCUGAAGGAGAAGUUCAUCCCAAAGAAAGUCAUCACCAUAUCAGAUUACUAUGGUCGCAAUGGGUUCCUGGAGGUGUAUGAUGCCACUUGUGUGUCUGAUGUCAAUGCUGACCGAAAGAUGGAAAUCUCAAGCAGACUGAUCCAAAAUGCAAAUGCAACUCCUAAAAUCAAUAAUCUUUACUCACAGGAGCCAGGAACAUUUGUGAGUGGGAUAUAUCAGGUGCAUAAGAAAAAAGUGUUGAAUGAACACAUCAUUUUGUAUGAAAUACAAGAUAAUACAGGGAAGAUGGAGGUCUUGGUGUAUGGACGACUUACCAAAGUCAACUGUGAGGAAGGUGAUAAACUCAAACUCAUCUGCUUUGAACUAAGUGCGGAUCCGAGACAGCUGAGAUCUGUAAUUCACAGUUUCAUCAAGGUCAUCAAGUCCAGGAAAAACAAGAAACAACCACUCAAUCCUGAUUCACAUAUGGAAAACCUCACUAUAACACCCUUCUAAAAACCUGGAUGCCAUUAACAAUGAUGUCUGUGGAGGUAAAUCUAAUUAUAGAAAAAAAAUACAUAUAUAUGAGACAAAUUCAGUGAUAGAUAUACCAGCUAUUGCUGCUAGGGAAUAGAGUCCUAAUGGGUGCUUUUUAUUUCCUUUUCUAUACUUUUCUAUGCCAUCCUAUGGCCAUAUUUUGCAUGUAUAAUUUUUAUAAUUUGGAAAAAAUAAUAAACUUUUUUUUUCUAAA